CUGCAACCGCCCUCAACCACGCGCGCGCCUCUCCGUCCGACUGCUAUCCAUCCCACCGCCGCCCUCCUAGAUGCAGCCGGCACCCUCUGCGCGCAGCUGCUCGCCGAAGAGACGUUCCUCCUGAUCCCGAAUACCCUCACCCGACCUCACGCGGCCCGGACCCAGACCCCGAAUCCGACUCGUCCUUUUGUCUCGAGCGAAGGCAUGCAGGCGAAUAGAGGAAAUGCUGAGGCCCUGGGUCGAAAGGCCAAGCUUGCUCGCUCGUACCAGGAACUUCUCGACGAGUUUUCCAACAAGGACCUUAGCUCUGUCGGCAACUACACCCUCGGUCGUCUGAUUGGAAAGGGCUCCUUCGGGAAGGUUUACUUGGCCACCCACAAGCUCACAAACGGCUCAAAGGUCGUUCUCAAGUCCGCGAACAAAGGCGACUCGAACCUGGCCCGGGAAAUCCACCACCACCGACAAUUUGUCCAUCCGCACAUCGCCCGACUGUACGAGGUUAUUGUCACAGAAAAUCUGGUCUGGUUGGUUUUGGAAUACUGCGCCGGAGAUGAGCUCUACAACUACCUCCUCGAACAUGGACCGCUGCCCGUCCAUAAGGUCCAAAAGAUCUUUGCCCAGCUUGUUGGUGCCGUCGCCUACGUACACCAGCAGUCAUGUGUCCAUCGCGAUUUGAAACUCGAGAACAUCCUAUUUGACAAACAUGAAAACGUCAAGCUUGUCGACUUCGGCUUUACGAGAGAAUAUGAGGGCAAGUCGAAUCACUUGCAGACGUUUUGUGGCACGAUAUGCUAUUCCGCACCCGAGAUGCUCAAAGGAGAGAAGUACGCAGGCGAAAAGGUUGACGUAUGGAGUUUGGGCGUCAUUCUCUACGCUUUGCUGUGUGGCGAGCUCCCCUUUGACGAUGACGACGACAACGUUACACGGACGAAAAUUCUCAGCGAAGAACCCAAGUUCCCCGAGCACCUACCCCUGGCCGCCAUACCGUUGAUCAAGUCGCUGCUGUCCAAACGGCCCCUGCUCAGACCCUCGCUCCCAGAAAUCCUCUCGAACCCCUUCCUCGCCGAACAUGCCCCAGCGCAACAUGCCAUACUCAAGCUACAACGGCCACCGCCAUUUGCGACGAUGCUGGAGAAGGAAACUUUGCAGCGCAUGCGGAGCGCGGGCGUCGACAUCGACCAGGUUAUCGAGAGUGUUCUCGCGCAGCGAUGCGACGCUUUGGCUGGCUGGUGGACCCUGCUCAUCGAGAAGGAAGAGCGAAAGGUUCGCCGGAGAGAAAGGAAACGCCGCGAGAGAGAGGCGGAGAACAGGAGCUUGCGUCGUUUGUCCGCCGCCUCCAGCAGGCUUGAGCGGAUCGCGCCAGUCCUCCAGGAGGUCGACGAGGAUGGUGGACUGACAAACCGUUUCAUCAGACUCGAAGACGCGCCGGUAACGCCGAGAACAAGAGGCCGUUCAGAGAGGAGGAGCGCUCAUUACUCUGAUUUUGGAGAUCUGCCAGGCCUCCCAGAACACAUCAAGGAAAAUGGAAGCCCAAACCCGGAGGAAGCCCCACCUCCGAUCGACAAGGACUCGAUCCGAUCUGCGAAGCGACCCCCUGAACAGCAACAAAAAGUGCGCAAGAAGCCCUCGCAAGCCAUCAUUGCCCACUGGAAGAACUGGACACACUGGUUCUUCGAAAAUACCCGCAGGGGCAGGCACGCGAACAAGCGAGGGAGCCACUCGACGCCGAACCUAGUCGACAAGAACGGCGGCACAGGCGGAAGCAGCAGCAAGCAUUCUAAGGACACUAGCCCGCGGCCUCAGACGAGUAGGCAUCCGACAACCGACGGCGCCGUGAUACAAGCGAAGGCUGGGCUUCCUCGUGGCGUCGUGGCCAACGGCCACGCGAAUAAGACAUCGCCUGGUCAAGGUGGAUACGCAGGCUUCGGCAGCAGCCCAGCGUCGACAAGCACUAUUACACCCGGGCACAUGCCCUCCCGGAUUGCGACUUCGUACAAGCGACAAUCUCUUUCCCCGUCUCCCAUGACGCCUCGGACUACUAUGCGGCGCUCCUCGGCAGGACUGCGGGGCCGCAAGUCGACUUCUUCGUCGGUGUCAUCCAUACGUUCGAUGCCUCACCAUCAUCACUCCCAUUCCAAGGCCUCUUCCACAAGCUCAAAUGGCUCCGUGUCGACGAAGAACACACUUGGACGUGGACAGUCGCCUCACCAUUCUUCCGUCAAGGUUCUGCCCGCCACCCCGACCUCCUCAGCGUUUCCAUCCAACAUCCGCCUUGUGCGUGGACCAGGCCCUCCGGCUCCCCUCGCAUUGUUCAAUGAAGGCAUGCCUUCGGCAUCUGCGGGAAUGCAAGCCCCGGGCUCACCUAACCCGUUUGCCCAAGGAGGAGGGAUUAUGUUCGCUAAGCGGAAGCGAAACAUUUUCAAAGGCCCCAUGUUGGCCUUUGGUGGAGGUAACGCAGGCGGCAGUGCCACGAGGAGCACUAGUUCAAGCCAUUCCAGGAGCGCGAGCGCUUCCGGUGUCGGACGUAGGUCCGGGGAGGUCACCAUUCAAGAGGAAGAGGAAAAUGAUGGGGCGGAAGAAGAAGUAGAAGAGGUGGACGCUUUCAGCCCCGUCGUCGGCGGUCCUGGAGAGCGCAUCGAAGAGCAAAUCUUCGAGGAAGGCGAGACGCCGGCUGAAAUCCCACCCAAACAACCAAAGGCGACUGCCGAUGACGAUCCCCCCGUCACACCCAAGGCUGUCGCUCCGCCGACUUCGACAUGA